UGUACUCUUCGCCAAAAAAAGUAGUACUUGCAAUGAUGGAGAUUGGAAAGUCGUUUAGAUUUGUCGCUAAAUUUUGUAUUGUUAUUUCUUUUGCAUGUUUCUGCAUACAAUAUUGGCUGUUAAAAAAAUCUUACCUGUUUUCUGAAGAGGAUGUGGCAGAAAUUGCACGAAAAUAUGUUGUGGAAUCAAACAAAGACAUUCCAAAUGCAUACAACAAGGUCCUUGCUGAGUUCAGACGAAAGUAUCCAGGACAUAUUCUACCUGAUAGUGAUAUACAGUGGCUCUUCAUGAACGCUGGAGGCUGGAUGGGUGCAAUGUGCCUAUUACACGCAUCAGUUACAGAAUAUGUUUUGUUCUUUGGAACAGGUGUAAACACAUCAGGUCAUUCAGGUCGGUACUGGGCAAACAUUUCAGAUACUAUUUUGCAUGGAACUUUCGACCAAUGGAAGGAGGGAAGCCUUGAAAAAACUACAUAUGGACCUGGUGACACUGUUUUUCAUGCAUGGGGUGAAGCAACUGCUGUUUCGUGGACAGCAGAGACAUGGAUGGUGGAAUAUGGACGCGGUUUUAUCCCUUCCACUCUUGGCUUUGCUCUGACAGAUACCUUAUUCAGCACAACAGAUUUCCUUACUCUUUUUUAUAUACUUAAAGUGUAUGUUAAAGCACUUAUGCUUGAACUAGGAUUUCAUAUAGCAGAGUUCCGACAUUUCCUAAAAGAAAACAUAUGAGUUUUUGACAAAUGGUCCUAAGUAUUCUAAAGCUUUCUUUUUUUGUUUGUUGGAAUGUUUUGGUGGGUUGGUAGAAACUAUUUUAAUCAAAGGACAUAUCUUAGCUGACUUACUGGAAGAGGCUACUUAAGAUUUAAAACCUGUAAAACUGAGUUAUAUACUUUGAUUUAUGUCAAAUUUUCUUGACUUAAGUGCUUUUUACAAACUUAUAUACCUCAGAUGUGUGCAUAGCUGUGGGUGGAUACAAAGGAUUUUGAUAAAUUUUCUUUGCCUAUGAAAUGUUUACGGCCUGUUUUGAUAAGCUUUCAAAGUUUUCAUUUUAUUUUUUAAAGGUUCUCUGCUCUGUGUUAUGUGAUGUUGGAGAGUAUGCAUGGAGAGAAGACUACAUAAAUUUUCAAUAAAAUAAUCAUGCUUCUUUUCAUUUACGUGAAAACUGAUCUCACAAGACAAAAAAGGUGAAAGUUUCAACACCUCAUGUUUUUAUUUGUUUGCCAUUGUUUGCUCAAGUAUGUGAGCAGGUUGUAACAUUUUUCUGUUAAUGACUCUGGUGCUAAAGAUUUCUUAUAACUCUUGUCCAGUCAUUUAGUGCCAGACAAUGUUAACAGUAUGUGCAACUUCUAUUGCCUCUAUUGCUUAAACUCAUUUUCUUUUUCCUUGUCAGCAUUCCAGCUGUUAUUCUAAAAUAUUUGCUGAUAGUUCCUGGAAAGUAUUGCAAUUUCAUUCUGCUGUUUGACUGGUUAUCCUAGGUGAAUGUUUGAUAAAUAUGAUUUUUUUUUUUUUAAUUAUUGAGAGAUCCAGAAUUUUCAUGAUGUGCAAGUAUGUUUAUCAUAUAUCAAUCUGGCCAAUGAAAUUUUUCUGCGAGUAGACCUUUACUGUACUAAGAAUCGCCAUUCCAAUCCUCUAACCUCAUGUUUGCUUUUGUGUUUCAAGAUUUGCACUGAUGUUAGCUAUCCAGUUUGGUGGUGCUAGUUAUUAACAUAAAUGGUCAUAUGUGUCAGACUAAAGUCUUGAGCUAGAGACAGAAGACUGAUGUAACCAAUUCGUUUGCUAAUAAAACAAGAUGCAGGAAAACGGCUCCACAGCUGGACCUUCAAAACUGUUUCAGAGUUUGGUCACCAUCAUCUCCUUAUAGCAGGUCAGAUUGAUGGCCAUAUAAACAGCUGGAUCAAUUUUUCUUGUAAAAAUCCAGACUUCAUUGAAGUUUAGGUUGUGAGCCUUUUAGUUGAUACUUCAGUCCCUGAGUUUUUUUUAAUUCUAAAACUAAGGUUAAAAAGGAUUGGCAACUGGUUUCAAAGAAACAGAAACAGCACAUGUACCACGUCAUUUGGCAGUAAACUAAUUUCAGGUUGUGGUCUCAUUGACUGUUAUUGUGCUUGCCUUGUAGUAUGGGUUGAGGCUUACAUGAUUGCAUUAUACUCAUCUGCAACUCAGAUUAUCUAUUAAAUUAUUAUCUGAUAUCUAUUAGACUAUCUAUUAAAACUCAUGGUUAUAAGAAAUGCUUUUUAGGAGAAGAAACUUUAAUUUUUCAUAACUGUUUUUUUUAUAUUUUAACAUCUUUUGUUUACUAUAUAUUACUAAGUCAUUAAAUAUGGAAAUGAAAA